AUGGACGCAGAAGAAGCAAGAAGAAGAAGACGUGAGAAAUUACUUUAAAGAGCUAAGUAAUUAGACAAUCCAGAUCAGUAAGAGCAAAGUAAUCUAGCCAAAUCAGAGAUUAUUGAAGAUUCCUAUGUUGAGAAAUAGACAAAUUAGAAUCAAGUCAAAUUAGAAACUUCGAGUUAGCACCAAGAAGCAUAUAUGACUGAGGAAAUGAUAGAGAAAGGGUCUCCAAGACUAAGAAAAGAUUAAUGUUGUGAUCAUGGUCAUGGACACAGCCAUUCUCAUAGCCAUAGUGAUAGUCAAGCUUAGAGUAGAAAUGAUGAGGAUGAUGAGCCAGUUGAUUUCAAAAAGCUAUAUUAAUUGUAGGAGGACAACCAAAGACACAUUAAAAUAUAAUAAGUCAUUAGGUUCUUAUUUAGUGCAUUAACUGGAGUUUGGUUCCAUCUAUUUUACAAUGUAUUUGACUUGAAGGUCUUUAAUGUCAGCUUUUUUGUGGCUAUGGAUAUUGGUCUUAUUACAAUGCUAGUAUAUUAUCAGAAGAAUACCUACACCUUCAAAAUUAAUAGAAUGAUAAAGUAGACUGAAAGGAAGCUAUAAUAAAAAGAAUAAAACUAAGAAAAAGAAGAGUAGCCGGAGAAUGGUUAGAUAGAUAAAGCGUUCGAUGUCAUGGAUUUGAUUCUUUAAAAAUCAGAUCAGUUAAAAACUCUCUAAAACAUAUGGAGCUAUCUUAAAAUUGGGAAAUGGAUAAUAGAUGAUACUCUAUUACACAUCUGGGGAGUCAUAUUCAUAGACAGCUGUUUGAUUAUCGCCAAUUAGAUUUUUUGA